AAAUAAAAUAAAAAUGUUUCAUGGGGUUGAUUCUAUCUGUUCUACCUUUCCUUUUUCAUAAAAUCUGAAAAUUCUAAUUCUCUCUCCUCUAUUUCUCUUACUCACUCCAAAAAAAAAAAACUCUAUCCAUGAUUUCAAUUCCUUCUCUACAUACUCGUACUCAUACUCAUACUCGUACACACACCAUUUCUGCUUUAGGGUUCCUCAUUAAUUAAGCUCCAUUAAAGCUCAAAUCGCGCAUUUUAAGGGCUGUUUGGAUUGUUUAAAGUGUGAAUUUUAUUGCAUGUGGGGUUGAUAGAUUUAAUUCACCUUAGCUUUCCCCUCUUUCUCAUCCCCACCCACCUAGAUUAUAUAUUAGAUUCUCCUUCUACAAAGUACCUGCAUACUCAACAUCAUCAUCUACUCCAUAAACUAGAGAGAGAAAUUAACUGUUAGUUUGAGCAAAAAAAAGAAAAAAAAAAUUAACAUCUUCAAUAAUGGCUGCAUCUUCAUCUUCUUCGGCCUUCUUCGGAAGUAGAGACGGUGAUGCGAUGAAGCACGGACAUCAUCAACUUCAGCUUCAGCAUCAGCCGCCUCAACAACCUUCCCAACAAGUUUUGCAACCACAACAGCAACAACAACUGCAGCAGCAGCAGCAGCAACAACAACAACAACAACAACAACAACAACAACAACAGCAACAACAUUCAUCAUCGGUGCCACAACCGCCUUCUUCAUCCUCAGCACCUCCUUCAAAUCCACAACAAAAGAAGAAGAGGAGUCUUCCUGGAACUCCAAAUCCGGACGCGGAGGUGAUAGCGCUGUCACCAAAGACGUUGAUGGCAACGAACCGUUUCAUUUGCGAAGUAUGCAACAAAGGAUUCCAAAGGGAGCAAAAUCUUCAGCUUCAUAGGAGAGGACACAAUUUACCUUGGAAGCUAAGACAAAAGACUAACAAAGAUCAAGUGAGGAAGAAAGUAUACUUGUGCCCUGAACCUACUUGUGUUCACCAUGACUCGGCUCGUGCCCUCGGCGACCUUACCGGUAUCAAGAAGCACUACUCUCGCAAGCAUGGCGAGAAGAAAUUCAAGUGCGAGAAAUGUAGCAAGCGUUACGCUGUUCAGUCUGAUUGGAAGGCUCACUCCAAGACUUGUGGUACUCGCGAAUAUCGCUGCGAUUGUGGUACCCUCUUCUCCCGGCGGGACAGUUUCAUAACUCAUAGAGCAUUUUGUGAUGCACUAGCUCAAGAGAGUGCAAGACAUCCAACUAGCUUAAGCACCUUAGGAAGCCACUUAUUUGGACCUUCAUCUGCGCUUGGUGGUGCUAAUAAUGGUGCUAACAAUAAUAUGGGUUUAGGAGUUGGACUUUCUCAUCAAGUGGCCAACCAUCUUCCACCUUCGCUUUCCGAUCAAAUGACAUCUGACAUCCUCCGCCUUGGCGGUGGGGCUCGAGGAGUCGGUUCCAGUCAGUUUGACCACCUCCUUGGUCCGGGCUCUUUCCGGCAACAACACAAUAUUCAGCAAAAUCAAGCCAAUUUUUACUUGUCUGAUCAAACUGGUGGGUCCAACCAUUUUGCUAAUAGUAACAAUAACGAUCAAGAAAACCAGUCCCAAAACGCUGGUGGUGGAAUCUUCUCCAACAAGUUAUUCACUGGGCAGCUGCCCGUACCUGACCUAGGGUUUUUCUCCAAUAAUAAUAACAAUGAAAACACCAACACCAUCAACACCAACACCAAUGCUGGCAGUGGGGACCACAACGUCCUGUUCUCUCCUACGGGUAGCGGUAGCCUCUUCGGUGGGCCACCUUCUGGCGGCCUCUCGUCCCUUUACACCACAGGACCCGCUCUCCAAGGUAGCCCACAUAUGUCCGCCACUGCCCUCCUCCAAAAGGCAGCCCAAAUGGGGUCUACAACCUCCACCAGCAACGCUAGUGCAACCGCCCUACUGAAGGGGUUAGAAGCGAAGCAGACACCACAACAACAAUCAGCACCACCUCAACCCCCUACAAGCGUUGGGGGUGGCGGGUUUGGAGGACUAUUUGGAGAAAAUGACCAAAAUAACCUCCAUGACCUACUCAUGAGGGAUAAUCUAAUGAGCAGCCCCUUCUUUGGAGGAGGAGAUCAUCAUCAUCAUCAAACUGGAGGAACGGGUGAUCACAAUAACAAUAACUAUGGCGGAUUCAACCCGAAUAAAACCGGGCUUGGUGUGGGAUCAUCGGAUAGGCUGACAAGGGAUUUUCUUGGUGUAGGAGAGAUAGUGCGAAGCAUGAGUGGUAGUGGAGGAGGGUUUCCUCCAAAUUCACAAAGCAUGGCAUCCUUAGAUCUUCCUGCUGACCAUCAAAGAAAUAACAGUGCCGCCGCAGCCGCAGCAACUAAUAGUAACAAUGUGAAUAAUUCUGCGCCUUCAAGCAGCCAAGCUUUUGGCGGCGGGAAUACUUUUUAGUCAGUUAGGCAAAUCAGAGGGGGAAAAAAUAAAAAUUUACAGCAGAAAUCAAGUACAGGAAUUAGGUUUUGUUUAAGAAGACAAGUUUCAAGUUUGCCUCCCAUCUUAAAAGAAGAUUGGUUUUACUUGCUGACCACCAGAAUUUCAGAAAUUUCAUCAGUAGAUAGGCUACCCAAGUUGAUGCUGAGGCAAUAUGAUGAUGAUGAUGCGCAAGAGAGAGGUUGAUCAUUUGAUAGAUUUUUUCUUCUUCUUAUUUUAUAAUUUUGAUAAAAUAUUAUAGACUUCUUAAAAUAUAUUACCUGCUUCAUGUUUAUGGCAAAUGUGAAUGAAUAGGCUCGAUCGAAUGUUCAGUAAGAUAAGUAGAAGAGUAGAACUUCUUCAUAGUCCCAGAGAUAUUUUUGCUCCCAAAUCAAGUAUUUUGAAUAUAGUUUUAAGUUGCUAA